AGAGCCAGAGGUGGAUGUUUCAGUUCAGAUAAUUGAAAACAGAAAGUGAAAACCUCCCAUCAAAGAUAAAGCCCAUUCCACUGUGUUUCAUGUGAGAGAGAGUGAGAGAGAGGUUCACAGUGUAUGUGUAUUCCAUACACCAGGUGAUUCUUAGAGCAUUGCUUUCAAGGUAUUCAAAUCUUUUAUGUUUACAGAGAAUUGAAAAGAAAAAAAGUGAAAACCUCCCAUCAAGGAAAAGCCCAUCUCGGAUCACAGUAUGUGAUACACACCAAGCGAUUCUGAGAACAUUGCUUGGUGGUCGGUAUUCAAAUCUUGUUCCUUUCUCACUGUUUGGGUCUUUUCUCUCCUGCACCGUUCUCGUUUCUUGGAACAUGGGCUUUGUGCAGAGUGUCUCAUGUCAUCAUCAGAACCUUUUCGACGUGUUGUUGCGGUUUAAGGUCCUUUUUGUUUUCUUGAAUUUGGCGUCAAAAAAUGUUCUGUUCUUAGACAUAAUCCUGCGUGGAACUAAGCACAGACCUUUAAGUUUGAGCACUUCAAUGUCUCCUCCUCCCUGUGAAAACCCAUCACUGGAACAGUGAAAGCCUUUCAAUCUUCCUGUUUUUAGGGUUCUCUCAGUUUUUCCCUCUACCGCUAUUAUGAGAUGGAAAUCUUUUGACGAAUUUCUGCGAAGAAACAUCCUCCUUAGUCUCAAGUAAACCCCAGAUCGCAAUCUUCUUCGAUCUCUUCUUCCACCACUUGGGUUCAUCCUUCUCUGAAUUUUGAACGCUACAUUGCCACCAUAUUCGUGAAUUCAUUACUGGGUUUGGUGCUGGCCUUCGCUUAUAGGUAUUAUUCCAGAACUUUGAUCUCAUAUAUUCUCCCUCUUCUUCUUCAAACAUGGGUUGUGUCCAAGGGAAGUGCUGUGGCCGCCACUCAUCUUCUAGCGAUCGCGAUAUCGGAGAUUUUCCUGAGUCAGGUCCACGCAGUAGCAACGGCGUCCAUGUCCUCGGGAAUUAUCGACACAUACUCACCGAGAGAUCAUUGGAGGUUGCUCCUGUGCCUUCACACAACUUCCAUUUAGAGUAUUCAGCCCUCACGCAACGAGGCUACUACCCAGACCACCCUGACAAAGAAAACCAAGAUAGUUUCUGCAUCAAAACCCAAGUCCAAGGUAACCCAAAUCUCCAUUUCUUUGGGGUCUACGAUGGGCAUGGCCACUUUGGUACCCAGUGUUCAUACUUUGUUAGGGAUAGGCUGAUAGAGAUCCUCUCUAAGGAUUCAGCAUUGUCGGAAGAUCCCAUCAAGGCAUUUAAUUCUGCAUUACUAGCUACGAAUUCUGAACUUCACAUGAGUGAGAUAGACGAUUCAAUGAGUGGUACCACUGCAAUUUCGGUUCUUGUCUGUGGGAACACCCUUUUUAUUGCAAAUGUGGGUGAUUCAAGGGCCGUAAUUGCUGUUAAGAGUGGGAAUCGUGUUGUGGCGGAGGACCUCUCUCGCGACCAUACACCAUUCAGGGAAGAUGAAUGUGAGAGGGUGAAGCUUUGUGGGGCUAGGGUUUUGAAUGUAUCUCAGUUGGAAGGUGACAUGGAUCCUGAAAUUCAGAGCUGGGGGGAUGAAGAGAGUAGUGGUUCUGAUCCCCCAAGGGUUUGGUUGCCAAAUGGGAUGUACCCAGGAACUGCCUUUACAAGGAGCCUCGGUGAUAGUACAGCCGAGGAGAUUGGUGUCAUUGCUGUUCCUGAGGUGUCAGUUGUUCAGCUCACACCUAAUCAUUUGUUCUUUGUAAUUGCUAGUGAUGGAGUUUUCGAGUUCCUCUCUAGCCAAGCGGUUGUGAAUAUGGCAUUGAGGUACACAGAUCCUCGAGAUGCAUGCGCUGCCAUUGCUGGAGAAUCUUACAGGCUAUGGUUAGAACAUGAUACCAGAACUGACGACAUCACAAUCAUCAUCGUACAUAUCAAGGGCUUAUCAAAUUCAGGUUCUGGCACUACUGAUGAAACUUGUGGAGUUAAUAUGAAGUCCACUCCAUUGAUGACAAACUUGUCCGGGGGAUCUGAAAUGUACCGAUCAGUGAGAAGCAAUUUCUCAGAAUAUAACUCAUGUCAGCUCAACUUUCAGACAGAGCGGAGUGUUGUUCCAUCUUCAACACAUUCCAGAUAAUUGACUAACAGGUUAUUGAUCUGGUGGCAAAUAUGAUUCCAUGACGUGUUUGGUGUACCAUCUAAAAUUUCAUGUUGGUUUGUAGUUUGUACAAUAGAGAGCACACUGAACAUGUUUCUGUGCCAUCAACAACAAUUGUGGUUUCUGUUAUUCAAAGAGUACCCAGCGCACAUGUAUAUAUACUUGAACCUGCUCAUCCAAUCUGAAAGGAGAAGUGGAUGCAAAAAGGUUACCUAUCUAGAGAAGAGCUGUGAAGCUGGGGUUGAGGAUAACAAGAAGGUAGGAAGAUGGAGAAGGUGAUGACAUGUUUCACUUCGCACUAAAUUUGGGAAGAACAUUAUUCAUGUGGUAGUAGGAAGUUCCAAAUAAUAAUUCUAUUCAAAUUUCUUCACUUCUCUUCAUCCCUAUGUACAAUUCUAAAUGUGAUAAAAUGCAAAUGGUCUCCAGAGUUCCUGAUGCUUCAGUUUGGCAUGAAUUUGCCAUUUUUUCUUUUUAUUAGUUGGCCUUUAAGAUGUUGUUUUGGUUCAAUUAUGAUGUAUUUGUACAGUGUAGGUUUUGCAGCUCAAGACUUGCCUUACUUUUAA